UUCAAUUUGGAAUCAUCCACACUAGAAAUGCCAUUAUUACAAGGUUAUGAAUAUCCUAUUGAAGAUUUGCAACCACUACAUGAUUUGCUAAAAUGUUGGAAAUUAGGAUUUCUGUAUCAAACAUUGCUCGAUGAAUUAAUUGAUAUGCAAGUUCUAACAGUUAUGAAAUCGGUUCAUGUAUAUGAACUUCUCAAAAAAUUUCCAUUAGGAAUCAAAAUAAAAUUUAGUCAUUACUUAGAAAAUUGGCAAAAUGUUCAGAAUGGAUCAUCAAAUAAUAAGUUGGACACAAUACUACCAAAAAAUACAAAGUCCUUCGUUCAAGAAGAACCUGUUGUUGAUAUUAAUAUAAAUCUGGGUGAUAUAUUAACCUCAUCUACAACUGGAUCAAUGAUUAUUGAUUAUUAUAAGAUAAACAAUAAGUUAAAUGACAAUAUAAGAUCGUUAUUAGUGGAGACUGUGAUUAGUUAUAUUAUAACAACAAAAAAACAAAUGUCAGUUAAUUUAGCUGACUAUAUUGGGAAUCAAAUAAUUGCAAUGUUUCCAUCUGAAGUAAAAGAUACAUAUUUUAUGAAACAUGAAACAAAUAAAAACCCUAAAGGUAAACUGUAUGCAAAAUUCUAUAAUUCUAUGAGAGCUUUAAAAACUAGUGGCCUUAUAAUACCUUCCAAUGCUCAUGUUAAAGUUCCUGUAAAAUCAAUAAAUCGCAAGCAUUUUGAACCAUAAACUGGUAUUGAGUACAUAUUAGAUCAAAUUAUGCAUUACAAAAAUUGUUCAUUUCCUGAUCUUGAGAAUAACUGGAAAGCUACGACAAACUAUAGGUUAAAUGAAAUUCAAAAAGCAUCAACAACCAGUGAUAUAUUAAACAAAUGGACUGGAUUUACACUACCUCUUGGAUACAGACUAGUAAAUUACUAUUUAAAUUUCAUCAAUAAGUUCUAACUCAAAAUUAACCAGUUAUUGUGUAAUAUUA